AUGGAACCAAGACUUUCAAAUAAUGUUCAUCAACCAAGGUUCAAAUGUUCACAGUGUCCGAUGGAAGCUUACUGUUUCUGUUAUGAUUGUGAACUCCUCCAAUUUUGUAAAGAACAUGAUGAAUGUUCAAAAGAAGGUACAGGUCACAAAGUCGAAACAAAUAUACCAGAGAUACUCGAUAUCUUAAAAGACUACACAUCCUCCAAUGAUGAUCAAAACAAGAAAGCACAAAGACUUCAAAACAAGAAAGCACAAAUACUUCAAGAUAACGACCACAAAUACAUCAAAUUGGUAUAUCAUAAUAAAGAGUUUCAAAUGAGCCAACAAAGCGAACCAUUCUAUAUCAACUUGUACUCUUUUGUUGGCCCAACUGGAGUAGGAAAAUCAGCAUUACUUGCAAGUAUAUUAAAGUUGAAUAAUUAUGGAUGUACUAGUGGAGUACCAUUAUCAAAACGAAAUACAAAUUCAUGUGAAUCAAUGUCAUCGGACAUCAACUUGUAUCAAACUAAUUUUGGUGCCUUUCUAGACUGUGAAGGCACUCAUGGAACAGACACUAAUCACUUUACCAAUGAUUCCGAUGUUCCCGUUCCCACUCCAGUGAAAGAGACCCACGUCAAUGUCUUUUACCCGAGACUGUUGCAUAUGAUCAGCAAGAUUAUCAUCUAUGUGUUUCACAACGCUCAAGAACAAGACACAUUUUUCAAAGAUCUCUUGGAAAUGCCCAGCCAAGUCAUAUCAAAAGCCGCCAAUAAUUCAUACAAGCCACACCUUUUACUCAUCUUUAACAAGCAAUUAAACAUUUCAGAAGUUGAUUAUUUUAAAGCUAGUGCAUACACUUGUGACGAAAACGAGGUAAACAAAGAAAUGGAGGCUAAAAAGGAAAUCAUCAAAUCAUGUUUCCUCAGUCACCAUUCUAUUUUCGUCCCAAAUGCAGGUACCCAUCCUUUUGAAUUCAUUCAACAGUUGAAAUUAAUCAUUAAAUAUUUUAACGAUAUUGGUGGAGAAAGUGAUCAGGCCAAAUGUACCACCACCAUUGAAAUUAUCAGAAAGAUGAAUCAAUACGGUGCAAAUGUCAAUGAUCUCUUUUCAGUAAUGGAGGAUAAAGAAGAUACUGUAAUAUACGCGCAGUACAAAGAGAAAUGGGACCAACUAUCGACAAUAUAUAACGCAAAGCAUAGAGAGAGAUUGAUAGAGGCUGUCGAACAUGCCAAAAAAUAUCUUUCACCUGACACUAGUAUCGAAGAAUUGGCAACGACAGACUACCUUAUCUUAAAAUCACUCAAGUGCCAAUCAAAGAAUGAUUCAGAUCAACAAUGUAAACUUGUAUUAUCAACACAUGGCACGUAUCAUCAACACGACGACGCAACUCAAUGGCAAGGUGAAUUUGAGUUUAUAGGAGGUGGAUCAUUUAAUGGGAUAAUGCUUUUGGGUCAAUAUUCUAAAGAACUUAAAGAAAAGAAGAAAAUGGAAUAUGCUAAUAAUGCAAAUCAGAGCAUCGGAUUUCCACAAAGUUAA